AUGGCAAUAAGUACAUUAGUCAUGGAUAUUACCACGAUAGCAGCGUGGUUAGCGACACCGCGAGUGAUUCUAGGGAUCGGUGCCGGAUGGACCUUCAUCUACCUUCUCAGCAAGGUAAUCUACGCUCUCUGUCUUGACCCCCUCCGACAUAUCCCUGGACCUCGUGUGAAUGCAAUUUCCAUGAUCCCCUACGCGAGACAUCUGCUUGCAGGCACCACGGUUCAGAAUACCGUCUCUCUGCACCAGCGAUACGGGGAAGUGGUACGCAUCUCGCCCAACGAAGUCUCACUCAUCUGUGGCGAGACGGCGUUUGCCGAUAUCUAUGGGUUUCGGACGGGGAAGAUGAAAGGGCAUUUGAAUAUGCCCAAGGACCCAGUGUGGUACGUGACUCCGAGCAAUGGGGCGCCGUCUAUCCUGCAAGCAAACGACGAGGACCACUCUCGAGGCCGCCGGGUACUCGCCCAUGCAUUCAGCGACAAGGCGCUCAUGGGCCAGGAGCCACUGGUGCAGCGGUACGUGAAUCAACUGAUCGAUCGACUCAAGGAGGUGACAUCGGCCAACGACGAACCGGUGGACAUGGUGAAAUGGUACAAUUGGACGACGUUUGACGUGAUUGCCGAUCUUCUCUUCGGGGAGCCCUUUGGGUGCCUCCAGGACCUCUCCACGCACCAAUACGUGGCGCUCCUCUUCCAAUCGCUCCGAUCCCUCCGGAUGAUCUACAUCCUCGCCUACUACCCGUGGCUCCGCCUCCUGGGUAACCUGAUAGUCGAUAAAGGGCUGAUCCAGAAACGAAAGGAAUACGCGAACUGGGUCUCCACCCAAGUAACCAAACGAAUCAACACGGCCACGCCCCGACCAGACUUCAUGAGCCACAUCCUGGCGGCCAACACCACCACCACACAAGGGGCCACGAAACUCACCCGAGCAGAGAUCGACUCCAACGCAACACUAAUGACAACAGCGGGGUCCGAGACGACAGCGACCUUACUAAGCGGAGCGACGUACCUACUCUGCACGCACAGCCGCGUACUACGAACCCUACAGCAGGAGAUCCGGACGGAGUUCCGCAGCUACGAGGCCAUCACGCUGGAGGCCGUGGCCAACGCCAAGCGGACACCCUACCUGAACGCCGUGAUCGCCGAAGCGCUCCGGUUCUUCCCGCCCGUGCCCGUGGGAUUCAUCCGUCGGGUGCCUCCCGGCGGGGAGACGGUGAGUGGGUGGUGGAUGCCUGGGGGCACGGUGCUCUCGGUCAGUCAUUACGCGGCGUAUCACUCGGACAGGAACUUCCGGGAUCCUGACUGUUGGGUGCCGGAGCGGUGGCUCGGUGACGAGCGAUACGUCACCGAUAACCGCGCCGCGUUCCAGCCGUUCAGCUUCGGGCCGCGCAGCUGUCUCGGACGGAACUUGGCGUACGCGGAGAUGCGCUUGAUCCUCGCCAAGAUGGUCUGGUCGUUUGAUAUGGAGUUGGAUGAGCGGUUUAGUCGCGAUUGGUUGCAGCGGUGUCGCGUCAUGAGGCUGUGGCAGAAGCCUGAGUUGAUGGUGCGCGUGAGACCGAGGGUGGCUGCUUGA